AUGUCCGACAGGCAAAGUGGCCCGAGCGGUUACAGACGAUCGCUUGCUGGAGCUCAAAAUCAAUGGCGAGCAGUGGAAGCGGUGCUGCAGCAGCAGAAGAAGCAACGCUUUCGUCCACCAAAACCAGAAAGGCCCCUGUGCAAACGCUUCUCCCUUCCAGAAGGUUGUCCCUUUCACGAUGAGUGCACUCAUUUACACAGCUUAGAUGGAAUCCACGACGUUCGCGAUACACUUCAAGUUGCACAUCCAGAUCCAGGUGGUACAGCUGGUACAGUUGGUACAGCUCCUCGUGUAUUCCUUCAUAAGAUGGAAGAUCGUAAAGUUGGCAAAGGCUCCAUCUCUUUGAUCAUUCGCACGUUGGCAACUGGGGGCUUUGUUCAAACCAGCGAGCCAGGAGAUGCAGACCUUGUUCUCGCAAAUGCAUUUCCUUCUUCCAACCUGUUGUCCAAAAUCCCGCCUGGCUGCACCAUCAACCACUUUCCAGGAAAGCAUGAACUAUGCUGUAAAGAUCGCAUGGCCAAGCUGCUACGAGGAAUGCCGUUUUGCCCCGAGACCUUCAUCCUUCCAGAAGAGGAAAAACGAUUUGAAGCUGUCCUCUCUGAUGAGCCUGAGAGCAUUUGGAUUUUGAAGCCUUGUCAACUAGGUGAAGGUCGUCAUAUUGAGAUUGUCCAGGGACUCAACUUAGUCCAAACUCCAGAACGACGGCAGCGAUUGCAGCGAUGCACUGCGUCUCGAUACAUUGCCAAUCCACUGCUGAUUGAAGGACGGAAAGUUGACCUUCGAGUCUACGUCGUUGUGACACAACUUUCUCCGGUUCUUGGUGCGUUGAUAUUUCGAGAAGGUCUUGUCCGCUUCUGCAGUGGAAGUUACAGAGAAGCUGGACUCGAAGAGCUUGGUGCACAUAUCAGUAACAACGCAGUGCAGACGAAGACAACUCGACAUGCCAGUGGCCAGAACUGGACACUUGAGCAGCUGUGGUGUCACCUCAGCAAGAUAGGAAUUUGUCCAGAGACAGUUUGGAGGCGAAUUAUUCGUACAGCGCGCGAUGCUCUCACUCUCUGGCAGACAAAGGCAUUGGCAUACGUGACCGACGUGACCACGCACACAAAUGUACACAGCUACAAAUGCUACAGCUUGAUGGCCCUUGACUUGCUGAUUGAUGACUCGGGAGCUGUUUGGCUCUUGGAGGCAAACUCAAAACCUGCUCUUCAUGCUCAGAGCGCAUCUUUGAAAGCAAUCUUCCCGGUUCACUUUGCAGUUAAAGCGGCCUUGCUGGCCGACCUCUUUUCACUCGUUGGGCUUGCUGCAUCUCAUGGCAUCUCAUCAUUGGACGGGUCUGACGGAUGGGACAAAGAUGGCAUCACUGGGCCGCGACUGAUACCGGAGCCUGAUGUCAUCAGUCGGGAGGUGAAGGCACAGCCAGUACCAGCCUCCAUCCACAAGAACAGCUUGAACAAGGUUGAGGAACAAAAGAAGAAGAGGAUGGAGGAGGAGAAGGCCAAAGUCCUGUCGAAGUACACCGAAGCAGAUCACUUCAGCCUGGAAACAGGCGCCCGACGUGACCACGAAGCUGUAAUGGAAGACCUAAAAAAGAAGGUGGAAUCGGAACAGAUGGCAGAGUGCACUUUCUACCCAAAGACCAGCAAGAAGUUUGUGGCUCCUGCUGGGGAUGCGACUGUCAGGCAUAACGCCGCCUCUGUGCUGCGAGAGGAUGCAUUGCUCAAGCAGAAGCAGGCUAAGGAGUACCAGAUCUUGAAGCGCUACCAAGAAGAUUUGCACGAUGCCUCGCAAUUCUAUACCUGGCAAGAGCGAAUGAAAGAACAGGAUCAGAGUGAAGAAGAAGCCCGAGUGCGGCAGCGUGCUGCAGAGAUGCAGCUCUCGAGAGAGAGUGCCAUGGAAGCCUACGAGUCAAGCAUUCGACGGAAGCAUAUUCUGGCAGAGCACCAGCGUGAGGAGUUGCAGCUUGGUCUCCAGAUGAAGGAGCGGGAGAAGUUGUGGGAGCUCGGGGAGAAGAAACUUCUCGUGGAAGAGACCAAGGAGGCUGUGCUGUGCGUGUUAUGGCACUUGAGCAGAGGCUUGAGGAGAGACUCCUCGCCAUCUCCCAUGCCACGGAAGGGCUCCAAACAUAGUGCCCAGCCAGCAAGGCUUUCAAGACCUCCAAGCCCAGCGCCUUCCAAAACUUCUGGAAGACACACGAGCGCAACGAGCGCAUUGGCCAAAUGGCGAAAACUGCCCCAUGAUGAGCCUGGAUCCUGGACUCCUCCACCCCUGGAAGCUCAGUUGGAAGCGAUUGGAUUAGAGCAUCAUGAAAAUGCAGCAGAGAUUUUGGCUGAAGGCAGAAUAGAACUGCAGUUGGAAUUGUUUGAAUUGUAUCCUGAGAAGCACCGAAGUUCAGUUGAGAUGCACAAGCUGCAGCGAAUUUUGCAGCCUCUGAGUCCACUGUUCCUGCCACAGCUACCACCGAUCCCUGAUACUUGGAUGUUUGAUUCAAACGAACCUGCACAAAGCUUCAAGGACUAUGUAAUGGAGCAACCACCUGCACCUGCCAGGGCGCAUUACAAGAUCUAUUUGUUACCUUUGACGGAGCCAAGUAGUCAUGGCAGUUAUGCCAAGACGGGAACCUUGCCAGACCUCCGAAUUCUGCAGAGAUUCAUUGAGUCAUUCUUUGAUUUGCCUUGCAAAGUGCUGCCAUAUGAUCCUCUUUUGACAGGGAAGGGCAUUGCCUCUCGUUCGAACGGCCAUGGUAACGAUCUUCAAUACCAUGCAAAGGAUAGUCUGAGGCAACUGCGGAUUCGUCUUCCUCUAGAUGGUUUCUGCAUUCUGGGCGUCACCAUGGCAGACCUUUUCGAAAGCACACGAAGCUUUGUGCAUAGCAGUCUAUCAGUGAAAGACAGAGCAGGCAUUUUCUCCUUCUGUCGACUUGCCAUGAGAGUAGUGGAAGGCUACCCGACAGAGCGCCGCGAAGGAGAUUUAGAGACCCUUCUUCGCAGGGCUCAUGGGAUGAUCUCGCACGACCUGUGUCAUUUUUUCGGAAUGUCGAACUGCCAAUUCUACAUUUGCCGCAUGCAGGGCAGUAGUGGCUUGCAUGAGAGCGAUACCAACCAAGACAAGGUGGACUUGUGUCCUGUGUGUCUUCGGAAGCUCUCCUGGAACCUGGCCUGUGGCACUCACGAAGCAGCUCCAUCAGAUUUGACAGCUUGGUGUGUCCAACGCUAUCGGCGUCUAUUGGCCCAUGCUGACAAACUGGGACCAGUCCUACAACCAUACAAGUUGUGGCUCCGAAGCCGCUUGGCCCAGUUGGACUACGAUGUGAUGCCUGCUGCUGCAGCUGCUGCAGCCACAGUCUCAGUGGCAAAUGCGGCCACAGAAACAGCAGGACCUCCGGACGAAGAGUUUGAGGUUGAUGAUCCAAUAAAACUGACUCCAGAUGAUCGUGCGAAGCAUGAGGCUGAGCUGUUGAGGCUUUUUGCCCGUCAUGAUGACGACGGCGAUGGCAGAAUGAAGAUCAAGGAGUUCUGCCGAUUGAUCUCUGCAGUUGACGAAGCCUUCUCUGCAAUUUCUGCUAUGAAGAUGUUCGAGGCAGCAGAUAUCAACAAAGAUGGCUCGGUGGAUGUGAAGGAGUUCUUGUCCUGGCUGUUGCUACCAGACGAUCCUGGUGAGGCUGAGAAUCGCAUUAUAAAGCGAUUAUCAGAUAGAGGAAAAGCACGGGAGAAAGAACUGGAGAUCCUGAAGGAAAGAGUGAACAACGCAGACAACAUGCGCAAGGAGCGUGAGGUGGAGUUCGACCGAAAGAAGAAGGAGGAAGAACAGGAGAUGGAACGCAAGCGUGACCUUAUCCGACAGAUUCGUGCUCUCGAAAAAGUUCCAGUGGAGAAAUACAAGAUGUUUGAUCCAGCAGAGCCACCUUGCCAGGGCUUGCUGGACGAGAUGUCUCUUGCUGAACUCAAAGAGCGGCUGCGAAUAGUUGAGUCACAGCGUGAGAAAGAGCUUGACAUGAAGCGCGAAAGGCAACUUGCAAGAAAGGUGGAGAAGCAAGAAGAGCUUACUGAAAAGGCUGAGAUGCUGGCAAAGGUACGAGAACGUGCUCGAGAGGAGCAACAGCAAAGGCACGAGGAACAGAAAAGGCAAAAGAUAUUGGAAGAGCAGCAAAAGCAGAGACACAGGGAAAAAUGCAUAACUGAGGUGGCCGAAAAGCUCCAAUUGAAAAAGCGGCAGAAGAAAGAGGAGGAGCAACGCCUAAAGCUUGAACUCAAAGAGAUCGCCACAAAGCGCCAGUUUUUGGCAGCUAAUGCAGAGCAGGUGGAAGCAAAAGCACAUGCAGAGCAGCAGGCCGGCUUGGAUCGAGAAGCAAUGAAGCGGCAGAAGGUCAGCCUCAUCGAACAGCGCAAGAAGAACCACACAAAGGUUGGUGAGGUACAGCAGCGAAGAGACAAUCAGGAACGAGAUAUUGAGGAGUAUCAGCAACUCCAACAGACGGUUACUGCACGGGUUGAACGUGCCAAAGCAGCAGAUCUAGCAUUGAAAGAGGAGAUCUUGCAGUCUGUGAAGUCUGCACGGAACAUGCAGAGACAAGUUGCCAAGAAGAACAUGGCUGAACUUGGUCACAGCUCCAAUGCAUACAUGAAGCGGAUCCAAAAUCGGAUGGCCACUUCUUGUUAA